AGCCACCUCAUCUUCGUUGUCGCGCAGUGUGCUCAGGAUCUUUAACUCCCCCGUCGUCUCAGUCGAAACAAAAAGAAAAGGAUAAAAAGGAUUUUUUGUAUCUUUUCUUCUUAGCGGUGCUAAUUAAAUGUGGAGUCGGGAUUUGUUAGAUAAGCGAGGCGCUUUAAGCUUGUUGCCUUUUCCUUUUUCUCUGAGUGGGGAAGGGGAAUAGACUGGGCUGGCUGUCACGCUGCAGCCGAGAGGCCUUUGGAUUGGUCUGUGUGAUUAAGAAUAUUCUCUCUUUUUAUUUUUGCUUUGUUUUUUCCGUGAUCUUUGCCCCUCCUUCCUUUGCUUCUGCAUCCUGUUUCAGAAAGAUUUUUCCUUUGCCACCACCACCUACUCUUGUUGUAAAAGGCUCUUUGAAGCUCAUCAAGUGUCGAUGCAAUUUCCAAGGGACUAUUUUUGGAUCUGAAGAAGCUAUUUUUGGGUUCUUGCUGCAAGCUUUAAUCCCUUCUUGGAAAAAAAACCAAAACAUCAUAUUUAUUGCUGUUGACUGCUGUCUCUGUGUUGAUUUCUUCAGGUUGCUCUAAGUGGAUUUCCUUGGGAAUUUUUUUGCUGGUGGUAGUGAAAUCUCUUGAUCCAACUCUUCUUCUGUUGUUAGACUUGGGGGUUCUCGAGUUCAUGAGGUAGACUGGGAACAAGAUCUUGGAGUUGCAGCUUGGGGAGAAUGGGGUGGAUUUCACUUGCUUUUGGGGUUCUUUCUUGGAUUUGCUUACUGGUUUCUGUGGGUGGGAUUGGUGCUAAUUGGGGGACACAGGCAAGCCACCCUCUAUCGCCAACUACGGUGGUUCAGAUGCUGAAGGAGAAUGGGUUUCAGAAGGUGAAGCUGUUUGAUGCUGAAGAGGGCACAAUGAGUGCCCUGAGGAAGAGUGGGCUGGAGGUCAUGGUUGGCAUCCCAAAUGACAUGCUUGCGAUGCUGGCCACUAGUAUGAAGGCUGCAAACAACUGGGUGUCCAAUAAUGUCUCAGCAUACAUCAAUGAUGGAGUCAAUAUCAGGUAUGUCGCAGUUGGAAAUGAACCUUUCUUGCAGACCUACAAUGGGAGCUUUCUGCAGACUACUUUUCCAGCACUCCAAAAUAUCCAAGGAGCUCUCAUCAAAGCAGGCCUCAGUAACCAGGUCAAAGUCACUACUCCACAAAAUGCUGAUGUUUAUGCGUCACCUAGUGGUCGACCUUCUGAUGGGGACUUCCGCUCUGACAUUCGCGACCUCAUGCUGGCCAUUGUCAAGUUCCUCAAUGACAAUGCCGCACCCUUCACCGUGAACAUCUAUCCUUUCAUCAGCCUUUAUAGCGACCCCAACUUUCCUGUGGACUAUGCAUUCUUCGAAGGAUCUUCCUCUGCUGUCGUUGAUGGUUCAGUCACAUACAGCAACAUGUUCGACGCAAAUCUUGAUACUCUCGUAUGGGCCAUGAAGAAGAAUGGCUUCCCAAAUCUCCCCAUCAUCGUUGGUGAGAUUGGUUGGCCAACAGACGGCGACAUGAAUGCAAAUGUUCAAUAUGCUCAGAAGUUCAAUCAAGGAUUCAUGAACCACAUCUCAUCAGGGCAGGGCACACCGAUGAGGGCUGGACCGAUUGAUGCAUACCUUUUCAGUUUGAUCGAUGAGGAUCAAAAGAGCAUCCAACCAGGGAACUUCGAGCGGCACUGGGGUAUCUACACUUACGAUGGGUGGCCAAAGUAUCAGCUGAAUCUGGGGACGAUGAAGACUGGCACGCUACUUCGUGCCAAGAAUAUCCAGUAUCUGGACAAGAAGUGGUGUGUUCUGAAGCCCUCUGUCAACCUCGAUAACUCAAAGGUCGCACCGAGCAUCAGCUAUGCAUGUGCUAAUGCAGAUUGCACUAGUCUCGGUUACAAGACUUCGUGUGGCGAUCUGGAUGCCCGAGGGAAUAUAUCAUAUGCUUUCAACAGUUUUUACCAGAAGAACGACCAGGACGAUGUGGCUUGUGGUUUCGAAAACCUGGCGACGACCACCAACAAGGAUCCAUCCACUGGUACUUGCAGGUUUGGUGUAAUGAUCAUAGCUGAUUCUGGAAUCAGAUACCAGGGAUCUGGUCUGAUACUGUCUGUACUUCUUUCACUAUUUCUUACCUUGUUUUGACAUUAUUAUGCAUGGUGUCUUCAAAUUGCAGCCAUACUUCCAUGA